GAUGAGAGGAGGCAGCAGCGGUUCCUCAUCACUAUGACACACAGUCUGAGGAUAUAAAAGCCCGGGCCACUCCUUCUACGCCCGCUGCACGGCUUCAGAGAGCAGCUCACUUCAGGUUGCCGGACAGAGAGCCGAGUGUCUGAAAGAAUGGCGACGCUAGUUGAUACUGUAGAUCCUCCAGCACCCUUCGGAGGUGUCAGUAGCAUCAGGAACACGGCAUCACCCACGGCCUCGACACAUCACUUCGACGAGGGCAAAUAUUACCUGCUGGUGGUCAUCGGGGAGCUGGUCACCGACGAGCAUCUGAAGUGUGCCAUUGCGGACAUUGAGAAAGGAAUUCGGUCAUGGGACACAAACCUGAUUGAUUGUAACCUGGACCAGGAGUUGAAGCUUUUUGUUUCUCGACACUCUGCCAGGUUUUCAGCCGACGUGAGAGGACAAAAGAUUCUGCAUCACAAAAGUAAUGUGUUGGAGACAGUAGUGCUCAUCAACCCUUCAGAUGAAGCUGUUAGCACUGAGGUACGUCUGAUGGUCUCAGACACAACCCACCAUAAGCUGCUUGUCCUGGCAGGACAGUGUUUUGAAAAUACAGGCGAGCUGAUUCUCCAGUCAGGCUCCUUUUCUCUCUUCAAUUUCAUUGACAUUUUUACAGAUCAAGAGAUUGGAGAGCUUCUAAGCACCAUACAUCCAGCCAACAAAGCCAGUUUGACUCUUUUCUGUCCGGAGCAUGGUGAUUGGAAAAAUUCAAACCUAGACAAACACAACUUGCAGGACUUCAUCCAUAUGAAGCUUAACUCCCCAACCAUCCUUCCAGAAAUGGAAGGUCUUUCUGAAUUCACAGAGUACCUGUCAGAAUCUGUAGAAAUCCCAUCUCCUUUUGACAUGCUUGAGCCUCCAAAUUCAGGAGGGUUCCUAAAAUUAUCCAAACCAUGCUGUUAUAUUUUCCCUGGUGGACGGGGUGAUUCAGCACUGUUUGCGGUUAAUGGUUUCAACAUGCUGAUUAAUGGUGGAUCUGAUAGAAAGUCAUGUUUUUGGAAGCUGGUACGACAUCUGGACAGAGUGGAUUCUGUUCUCCUCACACACAUUGGAGAUGACAACCUUCCUGGUAUCAAUAGCAUGCUGCGGCGCAAAAUAGCUGAACUUGAGGAGGAGCAGUCGCAGGGAUCCACAGCUAACAGUGACUGGACAAAGAAUAUGAUUUCACCUGAUAUUGGAGUUAUGUUUGUCAACAUGCCUCAGAACCUCGAAAACCUUGAGACCAACUACAGGAUUAGGAAAAAUGCUGAGGAGGCAUGUCUCACGCUGGAGUACCUAAACAAGCUGUCUUUAAAGCCUGAACCUCUGCAUAGAAAUAUUGGGAAUACAGUAGAACCAAUUAUACUUUUCCAGAAAAUGGGGGUCGGAAAGCUUGAAAUGUAUGUUCUUAACCCAGCAGAGAAUAGCAAGGAGUUGCAGUACUUCCUGAAAGAAUGGACUGGUAGUGAUAAAGACAAAUCCCCCAUCUUGUUACCAAAUGAAAAAGAAUCAGAGCUCCCAAUCUCAUAUUUGUCUUCCAUCUCAUCACUGAUUGUGUGGCAUCCUGCUAACCCAUCAGAAAAAAUCAUCCGUGUUCUCUUUCCAGGCAAUUCCACUCAGAAUAAUAUUCUCGAAGGUCUAGAGAAACUUAAACACUUAGACUUCCUCAAACAUCCUGUGAUCACACAAAAGGAGCUUAAUUCAAAUUUCACACCAACACUGAAACAAGCAAAGAUGAAACAUAAGACAGAUAGUAAAGAGAGCCUAAAGUCCACAUCAAAGCCAUCCCCAAGCAAAAAUCUCCACAAAGAGUCCAAAGAAGAAUCCCCUGAAAAACGAAAAACCCUCAGUAAAACUGACUCUGUGGAAACCCCGGAGCCGACACAAAAAAUAGAGAAGAAAGAAAAAACACUUGUGAAAAAAGUGAAAACAGGAGACAAGGACAGUAAAAGCAAGAUUGAGCAAACACCCAAAAUCGACACUCCAGAGAAAAAGAAAGUUGACCUUAAACCAAAAACAAUAAAGAAAGAAACAAAGAAAUCCGUGGAAAAAAGUGAGACUGAUAAAAAGGCUGAAAAACCCACACCCAAGAAAGAAGAAAAGGCCAAAAAAGAAGAGAAGGUGAAGAAAGAGGAGAUGAAAAAGGAAAUUAAAAGAAGAGAUAUUAAGAAAGAUUCCCUAUUAAAGGAAAGCAGAAAGGACGAAAAGAAAGAAACUCAGAAAGAUGAAAAAGAACCUAAAAAAGAUUUGAGGAAAGUCGGUGGCUUGAAAAAGAAUGCCCCUAGCACUCCUGAGGUGAAAAAACCUGCACCUAAACCAAAGGUUGCAGCACGAGGCAAGGGCACUGGUAGUCCUGCAAAAUCCAAAGAGAAGGCUAAGUCCAAGGCCACCAAAAAAGAUGCUGGUGAAUCAGUGGAAGCACCUUCCAUCUCAAGUGCUACUGCUGAAGAACCUGCUGUUGAAGCCAGUGUAACAGAUGUUCUUGAGGCAGAGAGGUCACUGAUGUCUUCUCCAGAAGACCUCACUAAAUACUUUGAGGCUCUGAAAGCAGAGGAGAUUGCUGAAGUUGAUGAAAUCCUAUUACAGACCAAAAUAGACGAGUCUGAUCAAGGAAGGUUGAUUAAGCAUGAAGAAAUAACUCCUUGCAAAGAGUCUCCAGAAGCAGCAGAAUCCAUGGAUGAAGGAAUAGCAACCACAGAAGCUGAGGAGGGCUGUAAUGGUACUCCAGGGGAUCUAGAACCCAAUCAAAAAAGCAAUGGUACCAGCGAAAAAUUUGAAGAUGAAGGAACAGGUUUGGAAGAGUCAUCUGAGAUAGGAGACUAUGAAGAAAAGGGAGAUACAGAGGAAGUGGAUGAGCAAGACAGAGCAAUAUCUAAGUUAAAAGAUGAUGGACAGCAAGAAGAGCAGGAAACCGAGGAAGGGUCAGAUUACGGUGCAGAAAAACCACAAUAUAGACAUGACAAAGAAACUGAGUUGCAGAGUUUUGAUGUAACCACACCACCAAAGAUCUCUGCACCGGCAUCUCCUGCUGUUUCUAUUCAUGAUGAAACACUACCAGCAGGUUUAGAAAGUGAGGUUGCCUCUGAUGAUGAAAAUCGAGAUGAGCCUCCAGAAGAAUACACAACAUCUGGACACACUCAGUCUACAAUUGAGAUCUCAAGUGUUCCAACACCUAUGGAUGAAAUGUCUACUCCAAGAGAUGUAAUGAGUGAUGAGACAACCAAUGAUGAAAGUGAUUCUCCUUCCCAAGAUUUUGUCAGGUAUGCAAUUGUCACACUGAUUCCAACCCAUGAUACAGAAGUUAUGAGGGAGUGGUACCAGGAAACCCAUGUGAAGCAGCAAGACUUGAACAUCAUGGUUUUGGCGAGCAGCAGCUCUGUGGUUAUGCAAGAUGAGUCUUUCCCUGCAUGUAAGAUUGAGCUGUGA